AUGUCCACCAAAAAUUCGCUGAUCAAACUUAUAGUGGGGGCCGGCCAGGCCGCGCCAACACCGCCAGUCGGCCCAGCGCUUGGUUCCAAGGGUGUCAAGGCUAUUGAUUUCUGCAAAGAGUUCAAUGCAAGAACGGCUCAUUUCCAGCCAGGAAUACCUAUCCCAGUCAAAGUCACUGUCAAACCCGACCGGUCUUUCACAUUCGAUAUUAAAACUCCAACUACCGCAUGGUUGCUCAUGCAAGCAGCUGGAAUAGAGAAAGGACAGCCAGGACUCAAGAAGUCCCCUAUCAAGUUGAGUCUCAAACACAUUUACGAAAUCGCCAAAAUUAAGCAGAAAGACGAGCAGCUGAAAGAUGUGCCUCUACAGUAUAUUUGCAAGAGUGUUGUGGAAACAGCAAAGUCCAUUGGUGUCCACAUUGUCCCGUGA